CGCAGUGCCAUGGACGCGUAGUGCACAUGGGUUACAGUUGUUGCUGACAUUUCGAGUGUUUCCAACUUUCAGUUUAAUAUUUCUACGGUGUUUUUUGUGUGUGAAGACAGUAUGGGUAAGAAGAAGACAAGCGGAGGAGGCGGACUGGGCAGAGCUCUGAUAAAGGAGAGACUCCAGGCUGGCCGAGGCAACAAGAGGGGCGACUCUUGGCUCCAUACCAGCGAGCUGAGUGAUGGCUACGACUGGGGACGGCUGAAUCUGCAGUCAGUGACAGAACAGAGUUCAAUGGAUGACUUUCUGGCCACUGCCGAAUUGGCAGGAACAGAGUUUGUAGCUGAGAAACUCAACAUCAAGUUUGUGCCAGCAGAAUCUAGAGCAGGCUUAUUAACAUCUGAGGAGAAAAUCAGGCUAAAUAAGCUGCAUGAAGAUAACAAGCAUUGCCUCAAAAUUCCUCGACGCCCCCACUGGGAUGGAAGCACUAGUCCAGAGGCCCUUCAGCAGGCAGAAAAAGACAGCUUCCUGGUGUGGAGACGAGAUCUUGCUGAGCUAGAAGAACAACAGAAGUUACUUAUCACACCAUUUGAGAGGAAUCUUGAGUUCUGGAGACAGCUGUGGAGAGUCAUCGAGAGAAGUGACGUUGUCGUUCAAAUUGUCGAUGCAAGAAAUCCUCUGCUGUUCAGAUGUCCUGACCUGGAGUCAUAUGUCAGUGAAGUUUCGGAAAAUAAGGUGAACAUGCUGCUGAUAAACAAAGCCGACCUGCUGACCAGAGAGCAGAGGCGAGCCUGGGCCAGACACUUUGAGAAAGAGGGGCUAAGAGCAGUUUUCUGGUCUGCGCUGGCUGAAAGCAACAGACUGGAGGCAGAGGAAAAGGGAAUGGAAGUGGAUGAUCCAGAGUGUGGAGAGAGUGACCCAGAAGAGGAAGAGCAGCCAGACAAUGAAGACUUGUCAGCCAAUCGGGAGGAAGAGGGAGAAGAGAGUGAUACAGAAGAAGAGCAGCAGGAAAAGAUAAUUGUAGAUGAGGAGGAGUGGCACACCUGCUCAGAAGACGAGGGAGAAGAGGAAUGGACUCUCGCUUCAUCUAAUGAAUCAAUCCACAACUCCAGUCGGCUGCUGCACAAGGAUGAAUUGCUGGCAAUGUUUAAGUCUGUUCACAGCGGACCCAAGUGUAAAGAAGACCAACUGACAGUGGGGCUGGUUGGGUAUCCAAACGUGGGGAAGAGUUCCACCAUCAACACUAUUUUACGGAACAAGAAGGUGUCUGUUUCAGCCACUCCUGGACACACUAAACACUUUCAGACUUUGUAUGUGGAGCCAGGGCUGUGCCUCUGCGACUGCCCCGGGCUGGUCAUGCCCUCCUUUGUUUCUACCAAAGCUGAGAUGAUCUGCUCUGGGAUCCUGCCCAUUGACCAGAUGAGAGAUCACGUACCAGCAGCCUCUCUGGUAUGUCAAACAAUCCCUCGGGACGUAUUGGAAGGCACCUACGGCAUCAACAUCAUCCGACCACGAGAGGAUGAAGACCCCGACAGAACCCCCACCUCUGAGGAGCUGCUGAUGGCUUACGGAUACAUGAGAGGCUUUAUGACGGCACACGGCCAGCCUGAUCAGCCCAGAUCUUGCCGGUACAUCCUGAAGGAUUAUGUCAAUGGCAAGCUUCUGUACUGCCAUCCUCCACCACAUAUAGAUGCCAAAGACUUCCAGCCACAGCACAGCAAGUUCCAGCCAAAGGACUCGGACAACUGUGACCUCUCCUUGUCAACAAACAAACAGAAAAUCAAGAGAAUCGAAAAUGUGGUUGACAAGAACUUCUUCCAUCAGGCGAAUGUGCGAGCGCUCUCCAGGGGGGUUCAAUCUGUCAUGGGCUACAAACCAGACAGUGGACCAGUCAGCCUAGAAAAAGCUGGAUCAGAGAUGGUGGUGGGCAAGCCUUGGAAAAAACAUGGCAACAGGAACAAGAAGGAGAAAGUACGCCGGCUUACCAAGCAUCUGGAUGCCUGAAGAUGGCCGGAAAUCUAAGCACUUUCAAUUACAGAUCAUUUCAACUGGAAUGGAAAAACCCUUAAGUAUGGUUCACAUGUGAUUCCAAAGGUAUUAAUGCUGAGCAAUAUCAGUAGGUAGAUGUAGGCCCCUUAAUCCUGUGAGUAAAGAAAGGUCAUGUUGUCUUGAAAUUAACCAGUGAAGUGAAUAAUCUGUAAUGGACUGUUGUGGUUUUAAAAAUGGUUUGAUCAUAUUGGUGCAAUGCAUUCCAUCAACUGGAUCACCAGUUGUACAUCAGAUCUCACAGGACUGCUCGGAAAUUAACUCCACAUUCAGAGGGUGAGAAUUUUAUAAGACGCUGAAAAAGAGGUUUUCAAUUAUUACAGUUUGCUGAAGUUUUCAAGAGGCAUAAUUGAAAGUCUUCAUUAAACAGAUUGCUGUUUCUUGGAUACACCUUCACUCAGUUAUGAUUCAUGUGAUUAUCAUUGGCUAUUGAAUAAAAGUUAAAACU